AUGGCGAUGGUUCCAACCACCACGGAUGCUUUGCUGGGCGUCAUUUACCUUUGCAGCUAUUUUUUGAAGACUGGCCCGCUGUUGGGCUUGCUGGAUCAAGUGGGGCUCGUUCUGCUGAUCGCUGGAGUGGUGAUUUUCCUGGGCAUUUGCAUCAAGAUUCGGCUCAUCGGCCAGAUGCGAUGGACCUUUGCCACAAAGUUCUUCAACAGCGUCAUGGAGGUGCCUGUGCGCUCCGACGGCAUUGACGGCAUCGCGGCCAAGAUAAUCACCACCAUCAUCCGCUCUGUGGUCAUGGUGUGUUUUGCCCUUAUCUUGGGCCUCCUGGGCGCCGCGUUGGAUGUGGCUUUGGAGCUCUUGACCGUUUUGGCCCUGUUGGUUCCAGUGGCGAUUCUUUUGGGCAUCCAACUGAAACGACGCCUCGCGCCAGAGACCCUUGAAACCAUUUGCCCGGUGCUCGGGCGAUUGGGCCUUUUCCUACACUUGGCUUUGCUGGCCCGAGUCCUUGGCAGCCGUGCCAGGAAGGAUUGA